GCAGCUCGCGCGCGCUCUGGUUCGGUUUUGGACCAAGCGGGCACCCGUAGAGGGGAGGCAAGCGUCGCCCUAGCAACGGACGAGGCUAACGGGCUAGCAUCGCGAUUGUGUCAAACCGAUCGGAAUCAUCCGCGCGUCAUUUAUCGAUUUAUUGAUCAAACUCAGCUGUCAUGGCCGCGAGCGACCCGUCCGUGUUUCUGCUGACGGUGAACGGUCAAAUCGAGGGGGCGAAUUUUCCAGAGUUCGACAACCUCUACUGCAAAUACUGUUUCGUCUACGGACACGACUGGGCCCCGAUCUCAGGGCUGGAGGAAGGCAUCACUCAGAUAACCUGUAAAGGCAGUCAGGCCUCACAUAGAUUAAUAUGGAACUUUCCACUGGAAACGACUUUUAAGAGCACGAACCCAUCAGGAUGGCCUCAGCUGGUGGUGAGUGUGUAUGGUCCAGAUGUGUUUGGCAACGACGUCGUCCGGGGCUACGGAGCAACACACAUCCCUUUCACCUCCGGACAACAUACAAGGACCGUCCCUAUGUUUGUUCCUGAGCCCACAUGGAGACUUCAGAAAUUCACAAGCUGGCUGUUGGGAAGGCGGCCGGAGUACACAGACCCAAAAGUUGUGGCUCAGGGCGAAGGCAGAGAAGUGACACGGGUUCGAUCCCAAGGCUUCGUCACCGUCUCCUUUCACAUCAUGACUAAAGACAUGAAGAAACUGGGUUAUGACACGGGGCCAUCGAGUCUUGAGAACAAACGGCCAGAUGCAUCUGCCUGGUCGACAGAAGAACAAACCUACAGAGUGUAACAACACAAGACUUUGAGAACUUUGUUCAUUUUGGGCCCUCAAGGAUGCUUGGUCCUCCACGAACACAACAACACAACCCCCACUGUCUCCGUUUGUAAAGUGCAAUGCCACAGUCACCUCAGUGACAAGAAUACAAGAGGUGAAAGAAACACAAUCACAAUCACAGUCACACUAAUGUUUUCUAGUAAAAUGAUAGUGGAUACAAUUUUAUUUGAUAAUUUUCAAAUUUAGGCUGUUUCCAAAUAUU